AUGGAUCCGAUGCGUGGACGAUUUCCAAUAAAACUUGUACGAACUGAUAGUCCAACAAGUACAUUAUCAUCAAGGAGACCUUAUAGUCGACAAGAUAAUCGAGAUGGUUAUACAACAACAGUUACAUCAGCAUCAACUACAGCCAUUCCGACACAUUUUCGUGCAACAUCCGAACCAGCACCAGAUGGACCAAUUGAAUUACGUCGUAUGGAUUUAGUUCGUUCACCUUCACGUACAUAUAUUGAUGGACAUCCAACUGAAUAUUAUCAUUAUUCACGCUCAACAUUACCAACAAGUGGUAUACGUGUACGUGGUCAUGAUUAUUCAGGAUACGAAACUGAUACAGGUGUUGUAACAUCUCGUAAUUAUGGUCCUAGAUAUUAUGGUGGUCCUCCACCACCACCACCGCCCCAACAUGUACCUCCACCGAUGCAUCAUUCAUAUUAUGCUCAUCAACCAGCACAGUUUGUACGUGAACGUCAUCAUGAAAGUUAUGCAGCAAGUAGUUCUGGUGGUGGUGGACAACGUUCAAUGUUACGGCCAGAUGGUUAUGAUACAGAUACAGGUUUAAUUAGUAGUGGUCGAUUACGUAUGACACGCACUUUACCACCACGUAUGGCAGCUAUACCUGAAACAUUAGUUGUUAAUAAUAGAAUGGUAUCGUCAUCAAAUUUAAAUAGUGUACCAACAAAUUUGCGUGGUAGUUCGUUUCUUAAUGAAGCAAACACAAAUACAUUACGUAGUCGAACAGAAAACAUAAGUGGUUAUGAAACUGAUUCAGGAAUGCAUAUACGACAACAAAAUUAUUCUCGUCAACAAGUACCUAUUGACAUACAAUAUGGUGAUAGUGGAUGGGUUGGUAAACAGUCAAUGGCAAGAACUACAUCUCAACAACAACAGCAACAACAACAACAACAACGAUUUAUUGAUAAUAAUCAACGUUAUCGUUCACAAGAUCAAUUACGUUCAACAUCAAUACCUGUUUUUACGCAAGAUACAUCAGCAACAAUGUCACGUUUUCCUGAUCAACAAAUACUAAUAACAAAUAAAACUCAACAAAAAAGGACGAUAAAUACAUUACCAUCAUCAGCGUCAGCAUCAAUAGAAGUUAAACAACAAUCGGAAACAAUGAAAAAAGAUAGUUCAAUAUUACCAAAUUUUUUUCCAGGUUCAGUUGGUUUAUCUAAUCCACCAAGUAAUAAUAAACAACAAAUACCAGCAUCACCAGAAUUAAAAAGAAAAUUUUCUGAUGAUCAUACUAUUAAAAGACCAUCGAGACCACAAUGUACUAUUAUCGAAACAACAAUAUUACCUGUAUCGAAUGAUUCAAAUACAACAAAACCACAAAUAUUUUCGACUACAGCAGAGAUUAUACCAAAUGUAAAUGCUGAUCGUGGUGAUCAUCAAACAACAAGUAAAACACCAUCAACACCAACGUUUCCAAUAACUACUCAAACUUAUAAUCAAAAUCUUCAAACGCGUGUAGGCAAUAGUUCAUUUCGAAAUCAAGAAGAAAAUUCACGACGUUCAAGUGUUUCAUCUGCUGCAGUUCGUAAUGGUGCUUAUCAAGCACAUAAUGUUAGUCAUUAUUGGUAUAAAGAAAAAAUGUCACGUGAAGAUGCAAUUAAUUUACUUAAAACAAAACCACCUGGAACAUUUCUUAUUCGAGAUAGUCAAGGUUUUCCAGGUUCAUAUGGUCUUGCAAUUAAAGUCGAAACAUUACCAGCAGGCAUUCAAGCAAAACAAGGAGCUGAUCCAAAUGCUGAACUUGUUCGACAUUAUCUUAUUGAACGAACACCAACUGGACAUGUUCGUUUGAAAGGAUGUCCAAAUGAACCUGAUUUUGUCAAUCUAUCAGCUUUAGUCUAUCAACAUUCAAUAACGCCACUUGCCUUGCCAAUAAAAUUAGUUUUACCGACUGCGGAUAUAACUGAAGAUUAUCGUUCAACAGGAAAUCAACAACAACAACAACAAGAAACAUUAAAAAAAAUGUCUGUAAAAGAUUUACUUGAAAAAGGAGCUGCUUGUAAUGUUGUCUAUUUAAAUAAUGUUGAUGUUGAAUCAUUAUCUGGUCAAAUGGCCGUAAAUAAAGCAUUACGUUCAACAUUUGAAAAUGCUGAUCGUUUACAAGCAACAAUUGUUCAUUUUAAAGUUUCAAAUACUGGUAUAACAUUAACUGAUACAAAGAAAAAAUUAUUUUCACGACGUCAUUUUCCUAAAGAAUAUGUCACAUAUUGUGGUGUUGACUAUGAAACAGAUCGUUAUUGGACACAUCAAUUUCCUGAUCUUGAAAUGUUACCAAAAGCAAAAUGUUUUGGUUUCGUUUCAAAGAAAAUCAAUGGAAAUAAUCGAUCGGCUCAAGCAGAAAAUGAAUGUCAUAUAUUUGCUGAAAUCGAUCGAACACAACCAUCAACAGCUAUUGUUAAUUUUGUAUCGAAAGUUAUGAUUGGAAAAAUCGAUGGUAAUUUGAGACCUGGCGCUGAUGUACGUCCUAAUCGUUUGGGUCAGCGUUUCAGUGAUGUAGGAUCUUCUUCUUCUCAAUCCCCACGUUCAUCCGUUCAAAUCCGUGCAAACCAAUCAGUCGUUUCACAACAAAGAGGACAACAUGAUAUGGAAGCAACUAAAGAAGAAGAUAUAGCAAUGUCUAAAGAUUUUACUGAUGGAGUCAAACCUGGUGAAAUAAUAGAAAAACCAUGGAAAUUUAAUGAGAAUCGACCUGAUAUCAAACCAAUGCCUAUCAAAGGUUCAUAUACUGAUUAUGAUUAUUGGGACGAAGAUCAUGUUCGUAUGCCUUGCUCAAAACAUUAUGCAUAUAAAAAUGGACAACUUAUUUGGCCUAUUAUUUCUCAGCAUUUGACUUCUCUCCAAAAAAAAUGCGAAAAUCAUACAGUCAAAUUUAAAGAUUUAAAAUCACCACCUUUAUUAAAAAUUGCAACAAAUCGUUCAGUUACUAUGUCACAAGAACAAGCUGCAGCAUUGUUAGCUUGUGCAUUUUUCUGUUUAUUUCCUUAUCGUUCUUAUCCGUCACCAACAAAGGAAUAUGAACAUUUUCAAGAUCCAAAUUUUGAAACAUUAUAUCGAGAUGUACGUCAAAACAAACUCGAAAAACUCAAAUGUAUUUUACAUUAUUUUAAUCGUGUUACAGAAAAUAUGCCAAAUGGUGUAAUAACUUUUCAACGUGUUUCAUUGCCUAAAGAUCGUUUUCCAUCGUGGCAUGAACUAAACAUAGGUCUCUGUGAUCUGAGCAUGACAACAGGUAAAAAAAUUGAAGAUAUCAAGAACGUAUUACAGGUUGAUUUUGCCAAUAAAUAUAUUGGAGGUGGCGUCUUAGGUGGCGGCUGUGUACAAGAAGAAAUUCGUUUCACUAUCUGCCCUGAAAUGCUAGUUAGUUUACUUGUUUGUGAAGUGAUGGACAAAAAUGAAUGCAUCUUUCUUAUUGGCUGUGAACGAUAUUCAUCAUACAAAGGCUAUGCCGAUUCAUUUGAAUACGCUGGAGAUUAUCAAGAUAAUACACCUAGAGAUGGUUGGGGUCGAAAAUGGUGUCAUGUAAUAGCUAUGGAUGCGGUCUAUUUUCGUAAUCCAUCAGACCAAUACGAUAUGAAACUUGUCGAACGUGAAUUACUGAAAGCUUACACGGGUUUUCGCCCGAGAGAAGAUGAAGCCGAUUAUAAAUUUGGUAUUGCUACUGGAAACUGGGGUUGUGGAGCUUUUCAUGGCGAUAAACAACUGAAAGGUAUCGGUUGA